CGAGCCCGACUCAUUGGCGCGGCUGCCCCUCCAGGACACGCACAUUGUUCCCCGCCCUCGAUCCGCCACCGCCGGCGGCGUCGCCGCCUACACCGGGCUAUAAAAAAAGCUUGGGAGCUCGGAAAGGUACAGAUGCUUAUUUUAGAUCCGCGGCACUCCAGCGCCGGGCGCCAGGAUUGAGCAAGUUCCUAAAACUGAAUCCGCACUCUAAGGGUCCUGGGAGCAAAGACCUUGCCACUAAAAGCUGCGACUAUUCCCCGGGGCCAUGGACUCGGACGCCAGCUUGGUGUCCAGUCGCCCGUCGUCGCCAGAGCCCGAUGACCUUUUUCUGCCGGCCCGGGGCAAGGGCAGUAGUGGCAGCGGCUUCACCGGGGGCACCGUGUCUUCGUCUACGCCGAGCGACUGCCCGCCGGAGCUGGGCACUGAGCUGCGUGGCACCAUGGGCGCGGUGGGCACUCAUCCUGGGGACAAGCUGAGUGGCGGUGGCUUUAAGUCAUCCUCCUCCAGCACUUCAUCAUCCACGUCGUCGGCGGCCGCGUCGUCCACCAAGAAGGACAAGAAGCAGAUGACCGAGCCGGAGCUGCAGCAACUGCGCCUCAAGAUCAACAGCCGCGAGCGCAAGCGCAUGCACGACCUGAACAUCGCCAUGGACGGCCUGCGCGAGGUCAUGCCGUACGCGCACGGCCCAUCGGUGCGCAAGCUCUCCAAGAUCGCCACGCUGCUCCUGGCGCGCAACUACAUCCUCAUGCUCACCAACUCGCUGGAGGAGAUGAAGCGACUGGUGAGCGAGAUCUACGGCGGCCACCACGCCGGCUUCCAUCCCUCGGCCUGCGGAGGCCUGGCGCACUCGGCGCCCCUGCCCGCGGCCACCGCGCACCCCGCUGCAGCCGCUCACGCCGCGCACCACCCGGCCGUGCACCACCCCAUCCUGCCGCCGGCUGCCGCCGCCGCCGCCGCCGCGGCCGCUGCAGCCGCAGUAUCCAGCGCCUCGCUGCCGGGCUCCGGGCUGUCGUCCGUGGGUUCCAUCCGGCCCCCGCACGGCCUGCUCAAGUCUCCGUCGGCGGCCGCGGCCACCCCUUUGGGGGGCGGCGGCGGCGGCAGCGGAGGCAGCGGCGGCUUCCAGCACUGGGGCGGCAUGCCCUGCCCGUGCAACAUGUGCCAGGUGCCGCCGCCGCACCACCACGUGUCGGCCAUGGGCGCGGGCAGCCUGCCGCGCCUCACCUCCGACGCCAAGUGAGCCCCGGCGCCCGCCCGCGUGUUCUGGCCAGCGAGCGAGGGUGGCCCGGUGGCCGCGGCGGAGCGAAGGAGCGAGGACUGCCCGGCGCUGGGGCUCGGGAGCUCGUAAAGAGCUCCGAGGAGGGGCGCAGGUCCUUGGGGUGUGGGUGGGUAUUGAUGGGGACCCUGGCCCCCCGGAACGGAGUCUUGGGAACCCACAGAACAGUGAGGAGUGAGAGGGCACUGUCUCCAGGACUUUCUUGAGCCCUCUGGCUUUAAACCGCGCCGGUCCGGGGGACAUUUUGUAAAAAGGCACCAUCUGCACCCUUGCCUGAAAUUCCUCUUCCCACCCCCAGGAAAAAGUUGCAAACUUGCGGUUUCCCCGCGAACCUGGCUUGACUCCUGGACUCGGGCAGCGCUUGGUGGAGGGUAGAGGGUGGGGGACACGUUAGGACUUUCUCUCCUUCCUUCUAGGCGGGCGGGACACUCGAGGCCUGCAGAAGCGACCUCAGGCCCUGGAAGGCCGUCGCUGGCCCAGGACCAGGGGCGAUGAGUUAUUUGCAAGCUGGCGUUGGUUGUACCUGAAGCACUUAGGGUUGGACGGGAUUUCCGGAUUUCCGGAUCUGGGCGCACCGCACCACCUCAGAACUGUGGCCGCACCUCUGGUCUCUCGUUGAAUUGGGGGUUUGUUGUUUUCCAAUCUGUGGAUGUUUCUGUUUUCAACAGUAUGAGCGAGCUUUAUAGUCGCUCAGACUAGAACCACUUGUGGAGUGGAAUAAUGCAACACUGCCGAUAUGGGGGAGGAAGCAGGUGUUUUUAGGUAUUAUUUUAAAAUAGAAACUGCCUUCCCCCCCCUUCUUUCCGUCGGGAGAACAAGGCGAUCUUGUUUCUUAGCCGUUUGGAGACAGUCCUUCAGUUAUUUGACAGAGCUAAAAGUAAGUCGGUGUGAAUAUAGUUUCAGGGUUCUGUUGGCUUUUUAAAACUCCUUUCUGGAUGUGUAAAUAUCAUAAAAAGGACGAGGUAAGUGCGCGAUGCUGAGCCCUUUGCUCACGUGAUGACUGCCAGCCAUGUGGAGGGUGAGCUGGUUUUCUCUCGGGUUUCUCUUUUGCCACGUUUAACACAAAUGGCAAACUUUCCCACGUGCUUCCUGCGCCCUGCAAGUCGCCAGGGCGCUGCCUGCGCUGCAGUCCGGGCUUCGAAGCCUCCGCUGCUGUGUAACAUCCUUCCUCCAAUCCAGCUGUCCCUUGCAGAGAGUGUAUCAUUUGUUUUAUUUUUGUAAAAAAAAAAAAAAAAAGAAAAAGAAAGAAAGAAAGAAAAACGAAAAAGAAAAGAAAAAAAGAAAAGUGCUAAAUAAUAUUUAUUACUUGUUUGGUUGCAAAAAAGCAAAUAAACGAUCAAGUGUUGGGGUUUUAAAUAAAACAAAGUAAGUCGGGCAUUUUUUCAUCUGUGUGAGUGGCUGGUGAAGGAUGCGACUCCUUGGGGCAGGACUUGGGAUCAUUUUUGUGGUUUUGUCCAGGAGAGGGAUUAAGAGCGUUGUUUAUUCUGUUCUCCUCUAAUCGGUCUCUAACUUACAUGCGCGGUCUCCGGCAGUGGGGGUGUUUAUCACAGGUUGCCUACCACCCUUGCUUCUAUUUUCUGGCACCUGGUUGAGAACUUCCUUUUCUUUAGUGAAGAUGGAACUAAUUUAAGGUUGAAAACGUCCUUCCCAGAGUGUGGCAGGUUGGGCCUGUGGACAGAGCUUGGGGUGCUGGGGGAUCCUCUUGGCCUGGACUGGGUUUCCUCUCUGCUCACUUGGGGUGGAUUUGCUUGGCUUCUGCUGGGAUCCAGAUGCCUUGAGUGCCAUGGAAUGCUACACUGGGUGUAAAGUGCUGCGGGAAUAUCGGAUCGAGGAACUCUUCUACCCUUUCUCUGUGCUUUCUACGACCUUCUCCCAGCAUCCAUCCGUCAGGAACUGCAGAGUGCCAGGUGCCCCGGAGCCUUGGGAAGUGGUGAGGUUUUCCAAUGUAGGCCCGGCACUUUGGCCUUUCCUGGGCCUUCUGUCUUCCGGUAGCCACUAGGUUGCUUACCACCCAGAGCUGCAAUGCAAACUUAGGAUAUGGGUCUUAUAAGAUUCCGAGUGGAAGUGAGACAAAGCUUCCUGUGUCCCAACCAAGGGCAGGGGCCAAUGCUGCUGCAGGCUCUCAGCCCAAGAGCUGGCCCAAGAAUGUACCCCCUGGAACGACAGCCUGGCAUGGCCCAGUAGACUGGUCUCCUGGCCUUGCCAUGUACAUCUCUAGUAGCCACCAGCAAAGACACUGGAACUUGGGGUGGCGAUUUCUCCUAUUGAAACCCCAUUUACUGAGUGCAGGCCAAGCCCAGCCCAUAUAAGCGUCUCUAACAGGGGCAUGAGAGUGUCAGUGCUGUAACUCCAAGACCACACUGCCCUUAACUGCAGGCACUCAGAGAUCCAGUACUUUUCACUAAAGGCUAAGAGGGAUUGGGGAAGGCAGAGCAGCUGGCGACACAGGGAGACAGAAUGAGCCCAGAGACAUAGAGGCAGAUGGGAUUCCAGGAAGACAGGGUGGAGCCCAGUCGUGUUUAUUCUAAAGUCUCAUGUGAAAUGUAGUAAACUUGCCAAGAGUUCAAAAUCUGGACCAGCUCCAGCCACAGACCCUGUAGAGGGAAGCUGGAGAUCCUACAGUGGAACAAGAACCCUGAGGUGGGGAUAGGGGACUGGCUGCGGUGUGGGCUUCAUCUCCAUAGCAAGGCAGGGUUUGUGCCUGGACAGACUGGGUGUGCAGGGCAUUCCAUAGCAUGAAAGGAUGGUUGUUGAAAGGAGAUACAUCAAGUCCUCCCUUCCGUGUGGGUCCCCAAGCUUUCAGCAGCUUCCAGCCACCAACUAGGCUCAACCCCAGCCAAAGGAGGGGCUGUGCCCAGUCUCUGCACCCCGACUCCACCCCAGCAGUCUGCUUAAACUGUGCACAGCCUAGCCAGCCCCACCUCCACCGUGAGACCCAGGCCCCCAGGCACCACCAGGAAUGUGCUGUGCACUGCAGGGCAGGUGGUUGCUUAGGUAGGGUACCCCAAAACUGGUGGGGCCAGGGAUGGAGCUCUCAGGCCAGCAGCCUGGCUUCCAAGAGCCAUGAAAAGAAGACUUCAAAAUUACUUGGACUUGAGUGGGCCCUUAAUUGGGGGCAGGCUCCCUACAAAAAGAAGGGAAGGGAAAGAGAGGUAGCACAGUGCUUUCUGCCUGGGUUGGCAAUCAAUGCUUGUUCCCCAGGGAGCAGCAGUCAGGAGAUUUGUUUCUAGUGCUGGGCUCCACUUCCUAUGUGGGCCCAGGACUGUAUGCUCCCCUACCUCUGUCCCCCCUACACACCCAGAUAGGCCGGAGCCACAGGAAAAGUGCCUUCCCUGGACUUAGUAUUGGAGGACUCACGCUAGGGUUGGGUACUUUUGAUGCCCACAGAAUUGGAAUUCUCCAUUCCAGGGAUAGAAGCAGAAGGGUGAAAAACUUAAAACCCAGUGUACAUUUUAGUGGGGAGCACAGGGCUGCGACUCAGGGGUGCCACUAUCCCAGCCAGGCCCCGCCUCUGAUCCUAGCUGCAGGAGGAAGCCAAACCAAGGAUCUGUGGUGGCCUGGGGCUCCUGCAGCCACCCAUGCAGGACCAGUCCCUUCUCUCUCCCAGACUGGGAACCAGUACAGAGCUCACAGGGCUCUGUCACACCCUAAGGUCCUCAGAUGUUCUCACCAAUAAACCUCUCCUGACACCAGAGAAUCAUUAUUUUUAGAGCAGACUCUACCUGGUGGUCUGACCUCUCCCUCCCCUAAGGAAACCUUCAAUGCUGCUUGGAUUACCCUAAAGGCUGAGAAGCCCCCAUGCAGCCCACCUCUCAUUUUAAGUCCCCAUCCCUGUAGAUUGUACGCCAAGUCACCCUUUGCCACUUAGUACAGGUAAUGGCCAUGGGGUCUUUAGCAAGGUGCUGCUACAGGAGAGUUUCAAGACACCUUAGAGGCAACAGAAUCUCCCCAUCCCACCACCAUGUCCCCACCUCCAGACCUGAGGGACACCAGAAUCAGCCUGGCUGUUCACAGAGGAAGCACUCAGGCCUGCUCUCUGCCCUAGGGACCCCGAGCAGCAGGGGUUGGCUCGGCGGUUCUCAGCUCAGGGCUGAGUUACUGCUAGAGGGCUGCGUGGUCAUGGGAGAAGGUAGUAAGAAGCAGAUGCAGCAGAGCUGGGAGGAGAGAGGCCCCCCACAUACACACACCUGUAGUUCAGGAUCUCAGUAAGAGGCUGGGGGAGAAAUCGGCAAACAUUUACUGAAGGUUAGUGGCUGUGAGGUGUUAAGUGUCAAUUCCCUGAAUUCUCACAGCAACUUUUUAGGAAGUGUUACUCUGAUCCCAUUUUACAGGAGAAGAAACUGAGGCACAAAGAUGACAAGUGACUGUCUCAGGAGCACAGCCACAAGGUCGUGAUGCAGGAGUGGGCUCCAGAGCCCAGAGUCCACACCCUGGCCCCCGCUGGGACCCCAGCAGCCUCUGCACUGGCUUAGCUGCCCACAGGGGAAUUCUCGCAUCUGUUACUGCUGCCUCCACCCCACACUCCUGCAGCUUUCAGGGAUGCUGGUAGCGCUCCCCCUCGGUGCUUGGAACCCAUCUGUCCCCGACGUCCCCAUCUGAGGGGCAGGCGGUGCCAACCGGCUAUGGCAAUUAGCUGGCUCGAACGGCUCGCUGCGCGGGCGGAGGAAAGGCGCAGAGCAGGUGAGCCGCGGCGGUGCUCGUUAGGGACCCUCGUUACCGCCCGGACAGCUGUGAUCCGGCCACAGCAGGACUCUCCUGGCCACACCUCCCAGCGUUCUGCCUCCCAGGAGUCCUUCGCGAAGGAUCCAAACUAAACCUGCAGCAAACUAGGAGCUCCUGGGAUCCACCGAGAUCCCGCACGCGCGAGCCGGCAGGUUCCACGGGCCCACGGACUUUCCGCCCCUAAGACCCUAAAUCGUCUUUGUCCACCGGGACUGGGGACUGCGUUUGGAGGCCCUGUCUUUAUUUGGGUUCCUGGAGUCGCCGCCUCGCACUCGACAAAAUGCUGGGGAGACCCUUGCCUGGAACUGCGGAGGGGCGACCCGGGCUCCGUAGUUUGGCCAGCAAGGACCCACGUGGCGGAAUGGAGCCGCUGCCUCGGACCUCCCUGCCCCUUUGGUGAGACUGCAAAGCUGUGUGGCUUUGAGUCCACUGGCUGAGGGAGGAGGUGGACUGUGUGUGUGUGUGUGUCCCCGCGCAGCAUGCAACCCCGCAGAGAUCUGACAAUCCUGCGGGGGCCAAACACCAAGGGGGACAUAAACCCAUGUCCACCAUCCUGAGUCCACUCCCAGGAUCCCGUACCCGGGCUGACAGGCCUAGCUUUGAGCUCUCAGUCCAUCCACACUCACGCUUGCCUGUGUGCUGGCCCUGCUGAGCGCUGGCGCUGCUGUGAAGCAGAAGUUCUCGCUUGCUCGUGGGCAGCUGGGCUCACCUGAAAGCCUGCGUGUGUCCCAUUUCUGGAGCAUUCCUCUUCGUUGCCAAAGACAUGAGGAAACUGUCAUAAGCAAGUCUUCCCCCUUCACCUUAGAAUCUACCUGGCAGUAGCUUCUUGUCUUGGAGUCAGGGCUGGAAUGGCCUUUCCAAAGCUGUGUGGUGUUAGAUCUAAGCCUCAGUUUCCUCUACAGUAGAAUGGAGUCAGUACAGUGACCUCUAGUGCACCCUGGGUAAAUCAGACUCUGCCUAGAAUAUCAGGGCUCCCUGGUCUACUUGGAAACAGAGGUCCUGGGAGCCCCUAGCUGGCAGGAGGGCGUGGUGCAUGAGAAUAGUGCUGGGUGUCACUUUGGUACACAAAUGGAACUUAGAAGCCUCCCUUGAGGCAGGUAUAGAUGGUUCUGGAAAGGAGUUGUCUCUCAGGCUGUGAGACCUCCCCAGAGUAGAAACAGGCUGGAUGUCUUUGUGUUUAGACAUGUACAGUAGCUGCUAGAUACAAGGGCUCAGGAAAAGGAAUGAAUGAAUGAAUGAUACAGUCAGAAUCAACGAGGGGCUUGGGGGAGCAGGGCUUGGAGAGUAUGGGGAAUAAGACAGGAUCCUCAAGUCCCCAGAAUCCUGUAUGGAUGGUGAACACUGAGGGGAUGAGGCAGUCAGUAGCUGGAUCUGGACUUGGUCCCUACAAGACGCUGGUUACAUGAGGAGACCUCCUCGAGUCUCUUUCUUAUGUAAGUAGACUCAUUCAUAACAGUGCAGAGUCAUGUUGCUGUGCAGAGUAAAGGAAAACUCCCAGGAGCCACUUUCUGCCUGGUCUCAACUGUAAAUGGAUGCUCUGGGUCCUGAGGCCUGCCCAACUGCAUCUGAACCCCACAUCUGAGCCAUCUCCACUCACAUAGCCAAGAAUGUAUAGGUCAUGUGGAGCCCAUCACAUGAAGACCUUUAGAGGGCAGCUGGCUGUGGGGAGGUGUAAUGCUUUGGCUGGGAUGUGCCAGCUGUGUGCCCUUGGGUGAGAGACCUGAGCCUUCUGAGCCUCAGUUUCUUGAUCUGCAAAAUGGGAUGAUACUAUUAUCUACAUGGGGUGCCAUAGUUAAAGGUGAACUUGGGCCUGGGCACACAGAGUAUUCUGAGAUGCAGAAGCAUGAGUGAUGGCAUGGUGCCAUCCCAUCAAACCCCUGGAAAAUCCUCCAAGGUGAGUCUGUUACCCUCUGAAGUACUCUGCAGCAUCCUAAAGGAUCUGCAUCCUCAGGACCCCAAGAGCAGCUUGCAGUGGUCAUGAGCUCUUUCCACACUUUCCACCCCCAAACCCCAGCACAGAGUAAGGCCCUUAUUCUUCAUUCUUUGUAGUGCACAAGGCUUCCUGGACCCUGGGCUGGAGCUUCCCCAUCACCCCCAGCUCAGGCCUCUCCAGGCUGUUCGGGCCAAGGCAGUGCUAAUGAAGACACCAAAGUCUAGUGUCCUCAGCCAACACAGGAAGGAAGUGGCUUAGGUCAGCCCUGGCGGGUGCUGGCAAACAACUGCCACAGCAGGGGCAGGGAGCCGAAGGACUAGGACAGCCAGGACGCUGCCCUCCUCCCGCCCCAUCCCUGUGUCCCUGGGCUGGGCUCACCCUCUUUGUCCCUCUAUCAGCCUCAGUCUCCUAGCCCCAUAACCUGCCGGCUGUCAUCAGCCACCAGCUCCAAUCUCACUCACUACUUUUCUGUUUUAAGGUCAAAGUCAUCUAACAUUCAUAAUGUUGUGCAACCACCAUGCCUAUCUAGUUCCAAAACAUGUUCAUCACAAGUAAAAUCCUGUACCUAGUAAGCAGUUACUCCCGAUCCCUGCCCCGGCCUCCUGUCUCUGUGGAGUUACUGGCUGCUCCCAAUCAGUGGAAUCAUAACUAUGUGACUCUAUCCCCUUAAUGUUUUUGAGGUGCAUCCUCAGUGUGACAUGUAUGUACAUUUUCUUUCUCAUAACUGGUCAAUAUUCUGCACUCUGUUUAUCUACUCAUCUGUCUCAUUAGCUUUUGAGCAGCUUUUUAGGUCCUUGAAUGAGACCUGUGAUGGUGAGGAGGUGGCCUGGACCAGGAGUUUAAGUAUCUAAAUCUCUGGGCAGUCUGGGUAUCCUCAAGUGAGUUGUUUGACCUUUCUGGACAUCAGUGUACUCAUACAUAGGUAAGAAAGUUGACAAAUGACAUUUCAAGUUAUGGUCCCCUGUGACUUGGUGCAACCUUAAAAAACCUCCAUAAAACUGGUGGACAGAAACAUGAUGUCUCUCUCACCUGCUACAAGCCUGUGUCAAGGGCCUGCAACAACACUUGUGCUGGGACUUUUACCACACUCCCUGAUGAGCCUGCACCUUGGGGCCCUACGCAGAACGCAGAACGAUAAGAAGCCAGCUGAAGAAAGGAAUGUUGUCUGUUUCUCCUUCUUCUAUAUGCAGCCAGAUUCUUGUCUGUUGUGACUUGGAAAUAAAAUGGCCAACUAAUUUGAAGCA